CCACGCCUUCAUUUGGUGACGUCAGAGAAAACGUGUCUCCUUCAAAAAUUUUAAGGGCAAAACUUGAGGUGAUUAGGAUGCGCGUGUUUCAGGCGAUGGUUUCAGGGGAAGGGUUAGAAAUUAAAAUAUGACAACAUUAAUAGUCACACUUCUGGUGAAAGCCUCAACCCACGCAAGCUGCUUUGUGUAUAAACGGGGAGACAUUGUAUGAGGCAGGGCGCUGAGAGCUCAUCCAGACCACCGUAUUCUCAUCCCUUCAAGGAACAAACACCUCUUCAAGGCACCAUGGCGGACUCCAACUGCGACUCCCCGAGCUCCCUGGGCCGAGCUCUGUCUCAAACUUCCCUUCAGCAGAUCGAGUUUAAUGAUAUUUCUCCGACAGCCACCCUCCAGAGACACCCGAGCCGAAUGAGAAGGCUGUCAAAGUGCAGCUCCGUCGAGAACGGUGAGCUACUGACUUCACCUUACGCCGACGAGUCCCGAGUGCUGGUCAUCAACACCGGGGGAACCAUCGGGAUGACGCUGCACGAUAACGUUCUUGCCCCAGAAGCCAACGCUCUGGUGCAACGCCUACGCAAGCUGCCCAUCCUCCACGAUGACCUCUACGCCCAGCAGACCCGCUUGCACGAGUACUACGGACACGAGACCCUGGUUCUGCCAAAGUCGACGCCCCAUCACGAGCUCCAGUUUCCCCGACUCAGUAAACUGAACACGAGAAUCAUCUACACCAUUCAGGAGUACAGUCCUUUACUGGAUUCUUCCAAUAUGACCACAGACGACUGGGGCCGAUUCGGUAAAGACAUCGAGAAAAACUAUGAAAACUACGAUGGUUUUGUGAUCCUUCACGGCACCGACACCAUGGCGUACACAGCCUCCGCUUUGUCCUUCAUGUGUGAGAAUCUGGGAAAGCCGAUCAUUCUCACCGGCUCCCAGGUGCCGAUCUACGAGCUGAGGAAUGAUGGCAGAGACAACCUGCUGGGGGCGCUGCUGAUUGCUGGACAGUUUGUCAUUCCUGAGGUGUGCUUGUAUUUCUACAACAAGCUCUACAGAGGAAACCGCGUCACCAAGGUGGAUGCUGGGAGCUUUAACGCCUUCUCCUCUCCCAACUUGGCUCCACUGGCCACCGCUGAAGUGGACAUCAAGAUUAACUGGGAUACGGUGUGGAGAGCAAACACCACCGCCAAGUUUCAGGUCCGAACCGAGCUGAACCGUAACGUGGGUCUGCUCCGGCUCUUCCCGGGAAUCACUGCUUCUACUGUCAGGGCUUUCCUGCAGCCGCCCAUGCAGGGCGUUGUCCUGGAGACCUACGGGAGCGGCAACGGCCCGGAUAACCGUCCGGAUUUGUUGGAUGAGCUGAAGGCGGCUACGGAUGCUGGUGUCAUCAUUAUGAACUGCACUCAGUGUCUGAGGGGGACCGUCUCUGCGUCCUACGCCACCGGCAUGGUGUUGAUGGAUGCAGGUCUGAUAGCAGGUGGUGACAUGACUCCUGAGGCUGCUCUGUCGAAGCUGUCCUACGUUUUAGCCAAGAGCGAACUCGGUCUGGAUGCUAAGAAAAAGAUGAUGGCUGAGAACCUGCGGGGAGAAAUGAGCGCCAACCUGGAAGGAGCCAAGCUGAGUCUGAGCGACAGCCGGUUCAUCCAGGUCAUCGCCAAGUCCCUGAGCAUCAGCUGCAAGGAGGAGCUGGAAGCCAUUCGGGAUGUUCUGACUCCUCCGCUGGCCUGUGCUGCCGCCAAGAUCGGAGACAUCGAUGCCUUGGAAGCUCUGAAGGAAAUGGGCAGUAACUUGUGUCUGGGUGACUUUGAUGGACGCACACCUCUACACGUCGCUGCAUGUGAGGGCCACUUCAGAGCAGUCGAGUACCUGCUGGGUCACGGAGCUUCGGUCCACGCUAAGGAUCGCUACGGCGACACGCCUCUAUGCAACGCUGUGCGCUUCCGACAAAAAGAUGUGGUGAAGCUGCUGAGGAAGACCGGUGCUCACUUCUCCAGGGACCAGAUGGAGGAAGCAGGAACUGAACUGUGCAGCCUGGCAGCCAGCGGGGACAUCGAGGGCCUGGAGAUCUGGAGCCUCGCCGGAGCAGAUCUGAGUAAACCAGGCUAUGACGGGAAGACGGCGAUACAAGUGGCCGAAGCUGCGGGAAGAAAUCCGGUUGUGGCUUUUUUGGUGAAACUGAAGCGCAGUAAAUCCAUGACAGGUUUUGGUGAAUUUAGUGAGUGUGAUGAAUAUGGUGAUGAGGAGCAGAUGCUGGACUUCAGCGCCUUCCCGAUGUGAGCCACCCCGUCAUGCAGAAACCCGUCCCACAAAGCCGUCCUCCACACACACACACACACACACAUGCGUCCAGCAUCAUUUUUACUUCAACCUGUUUUAAAAUCUGCACAAAUGCUUUUAAAAUCAACACUUUUUUUUCCUUCCAAACAGGUUUUUAUCAUGUGUUUUUUCUGCUUAAGUUGGACAUGAACCUUGUGUAUAUGUGUAUAUAAGUGUGUGUGUGUGUGUUUGCAGAAAAAUAUGUCAGCGUUGAUUUUUUUGAAUCAAAUGUUCAGAUUAUUUCGUUUGAACAGCAAAUGAACAAUCAGGAAGUUUUGACACUAAGAACACAUUUGGACUGAAAACUGCUGCUUUUCUGUUUUUAGAGGAAAAUGAGAACGUUGUUUAAGACGACGGUGUAUAUUCACAGAUUUUAUUUUUGUGAGACUGUAUUAAAGUAUUUUUUUCACGAGUGUAAUCCACCUGAACCGAAAACAUCAGAAUACGGCCGAUGAAGCUGAGGUCUAACCCCCACCCCCCCACGUUACCUCUGCGACUCAUCCAGCCUGUUUCUUGUUCGGAUCGUCGAACUGGAAGCGUCGCAUAACUUGCACUUUGAAACAGAAAGGGGAAGUCCAGACUAUUGUGUGAGAUGAAUCCAGAUUUAAGGCAGUUUGUGUUUAAUUAUCGUUUCAUCUGUUGCAUCAGGUUACAUCGUUUUGUUAGAUGUUUUCAGUCCAAUGCUGCUAUGCUUUUUCCAUGUAUAAUCUACCUUUUUGAAGCUUUUCAGCUGUCGUGAUGUGAAAUAUGUCACCACUGAUGUACCCCCCCCCCCCCAAAAAAAGUAAAAUGUGUGGAAGUGAAUUCUGCUGAGCAGAAAUAAAUCUUUAAAAUUA